AUGAGUCCCGAAAGGACCAAUGAGCAGCGUAAUAUUAAAGAUCAUCGACCUUCGGUAUGGCAACGGAUUGGAAGACCUGCACCACAGAAUAAUGUUCCGCUAAGGGCUGAGAAGGCAUUGUCAGCAAAUGAUGAAGAUGCUACGUCCCAUAUCGGACCACUAUACAUAUGCGCAGUUAUGGAUGGUGUUCCAUUGAAAAGGGUAUUGGUGGAUAAUGGAGCAGCUAUAAACAUUCUGCCAUCAAAGGCAUUGAGUAAGCUAGAGAUUAUUGCCGUUGAUACAAGUCCGUUUGCUGCACAAGCGAAUGCUGUAGAAGCAUAUUACUACGACAGGGAGGUAGGUCCUUACCAACUUAUCGGCAUGAACAAGUAUGGUCGGCUAAAGCAGACCACUAUUCAUAGAGAUAUGAAUCUUCCUGAAUGGAAAUUACUUCGGCAAGAAGUCAAUAGGCCAUACAAUUACAAUGUGUUAAGGCCGUUGCCAGGCACACUAGCUAUAGAAGAAGUUUCCAAUGAAGACAAUUGA